AAACAUGUAAUUUACGCUGAUCAGUCAACCGGCACGACGGACUUUGCCCUGAUAGGAACCAAACAUGUUUUCUAAAAUCAGUGUACAGUUGGCAAGAGCAUCGCCGAAAUGCCAUUCUCUUAAAACAUAUCGACCUUACGUUGCACUACAACGAUGUGCGUCCUCAGUUACUUCUCAAACAGAAUCUUCCGUAUCCGGCUCGGAGACCGACAGCCGACCUGUCACUAACAUCCCGUUUGCUAAAAAUCUGUUCUCGGGAAAGUUGGAUAAGACAUUCCUGGCCUACCCCACUAUCAGUGAAGAUGAACUGAAUGAUUUAAACCAAAUGGUUCAACCGAUAGAAAAAUACUUCGAGGAAGGAUUGGAUUCCAAAUCGAUUGAUGUAAACGCAAAAAUAUCGGAGGAAACACUCCAAGAAAUUAAGGACCUGGGUUUAUUUGGCCAGCAGAUCCCAGAGGAACAUGGUGGUCUUGGUUUAAAUGCGACUAAGUUCGCUCGUCUGGCAGAGAUAACGGCAUUGGAUGGAUCUGUGGCUGUCACAUUGGCAGCCCAUCAAUCAAUUGGACUCAAGGGAAUAUUGAUCGCUGGAAAUGACCAACAGAAAGAAAAAUAUCUUCCUAAGCUUGCAACAGGAGAACACGUAGCAGCCUUCUGUCUCACAGAACCAUCUAGUGGAAGUGAUGCUGCCUCCAUACAAACGAAAGCUACCCUUUCAGAGGAUGGUAAAACGUUUCACCUAAAUGGUGGCAAGAUUUGGAUCUCCAAUGGAGGCAUAGCCGAGAUCUUCACUGUAUUUGCCAAAACAGAAGUGGAAAAGGAGGGAAAGAAGGUUGAUAAAGUAACGGCUUUUAUUGUGGAGAGAAGUUUUGGUGGCAUUACCAGUGGCAAGCCAGAAGACAAGCUAGGCAUCCGCGGCUCCAACACAUGCGAGGUUCACUUUGACAACACUCCAGUCCCUGUUGAAAAUGUCCUAGGAGAGGUCGGCGGGGGAUUCAAGGUUGCCAUGAACAUAUUGAACAGUGGACGAUUCAGUAUGGGGAGCUCAGGAGCUGGUAUUCUUAAAAAGUUGAUUGCCAUGACAGCAGAACAUGCGAUAAGCAGGAAGCAGUUUGGGAAGCACCUUUCAGAAUUCCGACUGAUAAAGGAAAAAUUUGCAAAGAUGGCCGUCACAACAUAUGCUAUGGAAAGUAUGGCCUACUGGACAGCAGGUAUCAUUGACCAGUAUCAACAACCUGACUGCUCGUUAGAGGCAGCAAUGGUCAAGAUUUUCAGCUCAGAAGGAUGCUGGGUUUGUGUAAACGAGUGCCUACAGAUCUUAGGAGGCCUUGGUUACAUGAAGGAUUAUCCAUAUGAGAGAUAUCUUCGAGAUGGACGAAUUUUGAUGAUAUUUGAGGGAACAAAUGAGAUUUUGAGAAUGUUUGUUGCUCUGAAUGGACUACAAAGUGCUGGCAAGGACCUCAAAGAACAAAUAAAACUCUCAAACAUUCUCACCAAUCCUUCAGCCUUGGUGGGAAUGUACUUCCAGACCGAGCCAAAAUUGACAAUGAGGUUGCAUGAGGGUAUCCACCCGACCCUGAAGCCUCAAGCGGACAUGUUGGAAAAAUAUACUCUACAUUUACAGAGGGUGGUGGUGAAGAUACUGUCCAAAUACAAAAAGGAGGUUGUAGACCAACAGAUCCACCUCAAACGUCUAGCUGACAUAGCUAUUGACCUCUUUGGAAUGACAGCCUGCAUAGCACGUACCUCAAGAUCUUACAGUAUUGGACUGAAAAACGCGGACCAUGAGGUGAUGCUGACUAAAGCAUUCUGCCAUGAAGCUAGUGAAAGGAUCGAGAAAAACAUGAAAGACCUAAGAUCAGAAACAUUCGAGAACAACGAUGACACCCUAGAUAAUAUAGCAGACACGAUAUUCAAGAACCAUGGCUAUGCCGCGGCCCACCCACUGGAGAAGAAUUGGUGAUAUCCACACACUGGCUGUGUUACAAUGACAGGUUGUUAUAUUGACAAUGCAACGUGAUGGUAUAAAAGCUGAACAAACCAGUAGGGUCGACUUUGAUGUCUGUGAACUUAUGGAAGCCGAACUUGACUGUUUGAAAGGAUUCCACGAGGCUUGAACAACAGAACAACAGAUAGGCUGUUUAAUGUACUACAACAGAUAGGCUGAAUAAUAUACUACAGUACAACAGUUAGGCUGAAUAAUGUACUACAACAGAUAGGCUGUUUAAUGUACUACAACAGUUAGGCUGAAUCUGUAUAGGUUUAUAUUUUGUAGGGAUCGACACGAUAUCAAAAUAAAAAAAAAUAAUAAUAAGGAUUUUGUUCUUGCACAUUGUAUGUGAUUAUUGGAAAUGGUGUUUACCAUGAACCUCUCAAAUUUGGCAUGAUGAAGUUAUUUAUACAUUGUUUAAUGUUUUUGAUUUCAUGGUAACUCGGCUAAACCAUAUAUAUUUGUGUGUAAUCUAUAUACAAUGCAUCUUGUUGCUCAUUUUCACAUAUCACUUUCUGUAUUGGUUUCACCACCAUAUGGACAUCAUCCAGUUGUUGUGCUGACCCAGUAAAUGGUCCGUCAUAAUCUGAUUGGAAACAAUUUUUGGUUGAAUGAAAUUUUGAUAAAACUUUCAAAAUUAAUUUCAGAAAUUACAAUUAUUUUCUCUAUUUUUACACUGAAACUAUACUCCAUUUAUAUCAAAGGAGCUUUUCUUACAUUUAUUGAAAAAUUCAUUUAAAAAUUUGUACAAUUUGUAUCAAAAUAAGAUAAUUAUACUCGUACUGCUGUUUUGGUGAAGAAACUGACUUGAGCAGUUGUAAUCAUUUUGAGAGUGGAUGUUUGAAUUUGUAUAAUGAUGAUUUCAAAUGUUUGAAAAUGUGACGUGCCUCCUAGAGGUAAAUUUUGGACCUUAUAUUGGAGUGACAAUGAAUCUUCAAACUACGUUUGUGAUAAUUUUGAUUUUGUUUUCAGUAAAAUUAUUUAUUGAAAAA